ACUCAUAUGAUGGAUAUGUGACAAUAUUAUUGGAGGCUAAGUUAACAAGUAUGUGAAUUUUUUCACAGUAAUUAUAAGCACCAUCUAUCCCUGUCUAUCUCUAUAUAUUUUUCUGCCUUAUAAAUUCUUGUGCAUGCUAGGAAGACAACUUACUAGUUACCAUUAAUAAGAAGCAAGAUAAUGGUUUCUUGGGAAAAACCCCAUGCUGUAUUAAUUCCAUACCCAGCACAAGGUCACAUAAACCCAACCCUAAAACUAGCAAAGCUUCUUCACCACAAAGGCUUCCACAUCACUUUCGUUAACACUGAAUACAAUCACAACCGCCUUCUCAAAUCCAGAGGCUCCGACUCACUGAAAGGUCUAUCCUCCUUCCGAUUCGAAACCAUCCCCGACGGUCUACCUGUGGACCCUAAUCAUGGGGAUGCAACGCAGGAUAUACCUUCUUUGUGUAAGUCCACAGCAACAAGUUGUUUGCCACACUUGAAGAACCUCAUUUUGAAGCUGAAUGAUCAAGUUGUUCCUCGUGUUAGUUGCAUAGUGUGCGAUGCUUUGAUGAGUUUUGGAAUUGAUGCUGCUCAAGAAUUGGGAAUCCCUGUGGCCGUUUUCUGGACAGCAAGUGCUUCUUCCUUCACAUGUUGCAUACAAUAUUCUCAGCUUCUUCGUAAAGGCUUAGUACCCCUCAAAGACUCAAGUUAUCUCACAAAUGGGUAUUUGGAAACCACAAUAGAUUGGGUCCCCGGAAUAAAAGAGAUUCGUUUGAGGGAUAUUCCCAGCUUCAUCAGAACCACAGAUCCAAAUGAUAUUAUGCUCAACUUUUUUCUAAGAGAAAUGGAGAGAUCUCAAAGAGCUUGUGCAAUCAUAAUAAAUACAUUUGAUGCCUUAGAGCGUGAUAUUUUGGAGGCAUUCUCCUCCAUUAAUAGUUUGCCACCUGUCUAUUCCAUUGGUCCUAUGGAUUUUCUCUUGAACCAUAUCACUGACCAUGAAUUGAAUAAAAUUGGAUCCAACCUUUGGAAGGAGGAUCAAGAAUGCAUUAAAUGGUUAGACAAACAAGAACCAAAUUCAGUGGUGUACAUAAACUUUGGUAGCAUCACAACUAUGAGCAAUGAAAAUUUAAUAGAGUUUGCUUGGGGAAUUGGCAAUAGCAACAAGAGAUUCUUGUGGGUAAUUAGGCCAGAUCUUGUGGCUGGUGAAAAUGCUAUUCUUCCUAAUGAAUUUCAUGAAGAGACUAAAGUUAGAGGCAUAUUAUCAAAUUGGUGUCCCCAAGAAGAGGUUUUGGCUCACCCUUCAGUUGGGGUGUUUUUGACACAUAGUGGUUGGAACUCAACAUUGGAAAGUGUGUGCAAUGGUGUGACAAUGAUAUGUUGGCCAUUCUUUUCGGACCAAAUGACCAAUUGUAGAUUCUCUUGUAAUGAAUGGGGAAUUGGGUUGGAGAUAGAAGAUGUUAAGAGGGAGAAAAUUGAAAGUCUUGUGAGGGAGUCAAUGGAUGGGGAAAUGGGUCAACAGAUGAAAGAAAAGGCUUUAGAGUUGAAGAAAUUGGCAAAGGAUGCUGCUUCUGACCCAAAUGGAUCCUCGUUUCAGAAUUUAGACAAGGUGAUUCAUGAUGCACUAUUGAGCAAAUUUGCUAAAAAUUAGUGUCAAUAUAUAGAAGUUUGAAUUUGCUUAUUAAUUAAAUAUCCUUCUUAAUGUAAUUUGUACUUUCUAUAUAUAUUGUACCAUGCAUUUUGUAAUGGUGUA